GCAGUGAUAGCAGUGAUCUCUUUCGUGAUUAUCUAUAGCUUUAAGAGAGGACACUUUUCAAGUAAUUCAAUGAUUUGGUGGAACAGAGAUGUAAAGAAUGAUCACUUCAAGACUGAGCAAAUCAUAAAGAGUUAUGGAUUGAUGGCCCCAAAGCGAUAUACUUAUUCAAAUUUGAAGAAAAUAACCAACUCUUUCAAAGAAAAAGUAGGACAAGGAGGAUUUGGUACUGUAUACAAAGGGAAGCUACCUGAUGGGCGUAUAGUGGCAGUGAAAAUCCUAAGUGCGUCCAAAGGUAAUGGAGAAGAAUUUAUCAACGAAGUGGCUAGCAUUAGUAGAACAUCGCAUGUUAAUAUAGUCUAUCUUCUAGGUUUCUGUUACGAGAGGUCUAAAAGAGCUCUAAUCUAUGAAUUCAUGCAUAAUGGAUCUCUUGAUAGGUUCAUAGGUGAUAAAGGAUCUCCAAUCACUAAUUGUCAGUUGGAUAGCAAGACAAUGUUCCAGAUUACGAUUGGCAUUGCUCGAGGGCUAGAAUACUUGCACCGUGGUUGUAACACAAGGAUCCUACAUUUUGACAUAAAACCACACAAUAUACUUUUAGAUAAAGAUUUGCACCCAAAAAUCUCUGAUUUUGGCCUUGCUAAACUAUGCAAAACAAAAGAGAGUAUUGUGUCAAUGACAGGCAUGAGAGGGACUGCAGGAUACAUUGCACCAGAAGUAUUUAAUCGGUACUUUGGUGGGGUCUCUCACAAGUCUGACGUCUACAGCUACGGAAUGUUGGUUCUUGAAAUGGUUGGAGCAAGAAAGAAAUUUGAUAGUGGGCUCUCUCAAACCAGCGAAACAUAUUUUCCACAUGGGAUUUAUAAGAAACUUGAACAAGGUGAAACUUUUGUAACUUUGGAGAAUAUAACAGAUGAGGAAGAAGACAUAAUAAAAAAGAUGAUAAUUGUGAGUUUAUGGUGCACUCAAACCUGUCCUUCAGAUCGGCCAUCAAUGAGUAAGGCGAUAGAAAUGUUAGAAGGUAGCCUUCGAUCCUUACAAGUUCCACCAAACCCUGUCAUGCAUUCACCUGUGAGAUCACCUCAAGAUUCCUCCACAACUGAAGAUUCCUCCACAAUUUCGCAGUCUUGA